AUGGUUAUUCGCCAUGUCAAUAAGAGAGGUAAUUGCAACGGAUUGGAUAUUCUCAUUGAGAAUACUGAAUCAGUAAUAAUUGUGCAACCAAGUCGACGCUCUAUUUUCCGAUUGUAUUCUGAUCCCCCAGAUCCUGAGGGACCGCCUGGUACCCAAGGAACGCCUGAUCAGUCUCCCAUCAACUUUCCAGGUUCUUUGCGGUUUCCAUUGCUACGCGCAUGGCUUCAAAGAUGCGAUAAGGAACAUCGUGAUCGUAUAUCGAGUCGCCGUUACGCCAUGCCAACACGGCUUCUCAAUGUCAGCCCAUCGAAGGAUACGGCGGAUCUACGGCUUGACGAAAUGGACCCCUCUGAUACUAUCGAUGGAAUCCAAUAUAUUGCUCUUUCCCAUUGUUGGGGUCAGCUACCACCAAACGAGGUGCCUCCAUACUGUACCACCAGGCAAAACAUUGAACCACGUCGAGUAGGAUUCACCGUCGUCGACCUGCCACGGACUUUUCAGGACACCAUCGAAGUAACUCGAAAACUUGGCUUGCAGUACCUCUGGAUCGACUCACUUUGCAUUCUUCAAGGUGAAGGCGGUGAUUGGGAGCAAGAAUCCAAGCGAAUGGAAGAUGUCUUUGCCUCGGCUUACUGCACGGUAGCUGCAGCAUCAGCUUCUGACUCCAGUACUGGUUUCCUAGAGCAGCAAAUUGAAAAUGAGAACGUCUACAUCCAAAAUGAAUUAGGACAAUACUUCUAUCUCUCUACAAAUCUAGCAGACUUUGACCAGGAUGUAGAAAACAGUCAGUUAAAUCAACGAGCAUGGGUCUUGCAAGAGAGGUUUUUAUCUCGUCGGACGAUUUAUUUCAGCCGCAAUCAGGUGUACGGGGAAUGUGGGGAAGGCAUAUAUGCAGGCGAUAUGAUUUAUUUACGAUGUGAGGACCAGACCAAGAAGCAUUUUCAGCUUGACCCAAUGUUUCCAAAGCGACUUCAAGAUUCAGGCUACGCUGCAACACUGUCUUUCCUCCUGUCUUUCCUAGAGGAUUAUUCGCGACGCGGCAUUACGAAACCUACAGACAGAGCUGUUGCAAUAUCGGGGCUGGUGACUCGCCUCGCAAGCAUUCUGCCCUGCGAGGUACACCACGGUAUAUUUAACAUGUUUCUUCACAGAACCCUUCUUUGGCGACGAUCAGGUCACCAAGAAUUGAAGAGGAUUAAGUACAUGUCUAAUAAGCCAGUGCCAUCGUGGUCUUGGAUGGCAUAUGAAGGACGUAUUGAAUUCCCGCGUGAUGACCAUGGCGCCUUGGAGUUGUUCACAGACCUCACAUUCAACGUACAAAACUUAACCAUUAUCGUAUGGGAAUUCACAGAUUCGGCUAUGAAACUCAAGAAAGAAAAAGAUGGUACGUGUUAUGAGCUGCUGGAUUCCAAUGAUGUGAAGAAAGGAUGGGUAGAUCUUGACGAAGAGAAAGAGCUUCCUGCAAAACGAGGCGUGGUUCUCGUGGCGAAACACAAGACGGAUCAGCCCGGUAACUGUCAAUACUUCGUGUUGAUCGUCAGAUCAAAGGAAUCCAAUGAUGAGUAUGAGAGACUUGGGAUAGGAAUGAUUCAGACAGAUUGUGGAUUACGCAAGAAAGGAAAGGUGCGCAUUUUGUAA